UAUGUGUGUCUCUUUGCCUCAUGUGGACAUGUAAACAACACCACCCAUGCAACAUGGUUUGGAACAGACAACAUCAUGGACUUCUGGGAGGAUGUCCUGCAAAUGGAGGCCAAUGAAAUCACAAGAAAUCUGGAGCAGUGGGCAUGCGUGUCAGGUCAUAGUAUGUUUGUUAGGUACCAUGCUGGCUCAAGAGACAGAGGGGUCAGGGCUUGGCUUCAGCUCUUGUGCUGCACCCUUAGCUGA